AUGCGGCCUUUAGAUGUGAAUGAGCUUCUGCGCAAGGCGGACGACGAGGGCAUCGGAGAUGAGGUGCGCAAGCCGGUGUUUCUGGACGGGGCGGCGCGGCAGCGGCUGCUGAGCCGGCGGGGGGUGAGUGCACGGGUCAGCAAGGGCGGCGGAGAGCGCGCGGUGCGCGGCGGGCGCGAGCGGGAGGCGGCGCAGGGCGCGGGCAGGCCGGAGGAGGCGCGACGGCGGCGCGGCCAGUUCAGCUUCGAGUGGGCGGCGGACGAGGACACGGCGGAGGCGGCAGCGAGCGGGGCGGAGGCGCGGCGGCUGCUGGGCACGCGGCGGCGCGCGGCGGUGGAGGAAAGCUAUAUGCGGCGGCACUGGAGCGAGCUCGCGCGGGAGGAGAUGACGGCGCGAGACUGGCGGAUCAUGCGUGAAGACUACAACAUCUCGACGAAGGGCGGCGGCGUGCGCGCGCCGCUGCGCGACUGGGGCGAGUCGGGGGAGAUGCCGGCAGAGCUAGUACGCAUUGUGCAGGAGCGACUGGGGUUCGGCGAGCCGACACCGAUACAGCGGGUGACCAUCCCGAACGCGCUGCACGGGCGGGACUACGUCGGCGUGGCGGCGACGGGGUCCGGGAAGACGCUGGCGUUUCUGCUGCCGAUCUUCGCGAAGCUGGGGCGGCUGGCGCCGCUGAACGCAGUGACGCGGCAGGACGGGCCGCGCGCGCUAGUGUUGGCGCCGACGCGGGAGCUGGCGCAGCAGAUCGAGGCACAGGCGCGACAGUUCCUGUCGCAUUGGCAGCGCCCCUGUCCGGUGGCGAGCAUCGUGGGGGGGCACUCGUUCGAGGAGAUCGCGCUGAGCCUGCAGGGCGGCUGCGAGGUACUGGUGGCGACGCCGGGCCGGCUGCUGGACUGUCUGGAGCACCAUAUGCUGGUGCUGCGGCAGGUGGCGACGCUGGUGCUGGACGAGGCGGACCGGAUGGUCGACAUGGGGUUUGAGGAGCAGCUGACCGACGUGCUGGCGCGCAUCGACGUGCUGGCGGAGCGGCAGGUGCUGAUGUUCACGGCCACGAUGACACACACCAUCGAGAAGAUCGCGAACGGCUACCUGAAGAACGCGGUCUACGCAACGGUGGGCGGCGCGGACGCGGAGCCCCAGAUCCGGCAGCUCGUCGAGUACGUGCCGGCGGAGGAGCAGCGCUUCACAAAGCUCACCAGGGAGGUGCUGCCGAACUUCGCGCCGCCGAUCAUCAUUUUCAUCAACUACAAGGCCACGGCCAACUGGCUGUCGGAGAAGUUCGAGCGGGAGACCAGGUUCCGCACCACUGUGUUGCACGGAUCUCGGUCGCAGGAGCAGCGCGAGCACUCGCUGCGCCAGCUCCGCAGCGGAAAGGUCGACAUUAUGAUCGCCACCAAUGUGGCCGGUAGGGGCAUCGACAUCCCGAACGUGUCGCUCGUGGUAAACUUCCAGAUGCCCUUUCAGCUCGAGGACUAUGUCCACCGCAUAGGAAGGACGGGGCGCGCGGGCCAGAGCGGCACUGCCCUCACCUUCCUGACUGACAAGGACGAGAAUGCGCUGGUGGAAACACUGUACGAGUACGUGACGAAGAAUAAUAUUACGGGUAAAAACUACAUAUCCGCGGAUGUCAAGAAGCAGUUCAGUCUGGGCAGGAAUAGCUUCAAGGCGCUGUUGGAUUAA